CAACAACAAUAUAAACAGUUCUAUUGACAAUGCAUAAAGAUACAUACAUCAAUAUAUCAAAAUUAAAUUAAAGAAAGUCUCAUCCCUCUAAAAGCACUCGUUUCCUCUCUCCCUGCAUGAAAGGAAGCACGUUAGGGAAACGUAUCCACGUAAUGAAGAGACUUUGGUGACUAUGUGAAUGACUAACAGAAGUUCUACUCUUUGAACCGUUAGGUCUACCAGCGCAGUCUCCAUUUGAAACCUGUGAGCCCUGACCCGCUGUUAACGUGAGCUUACUGCAGCCAGAAUCAGCGAGAUGGAGGAGGAGGCCAGGUGCUUCUUGGGGAGGUUUGUGGAGGAGUUCCCGGCUGCUCUGGAGGAAGGCAGUCUGCUGCCUGUCAGACCCAUGAGCCGCAAAGUGUCCCUGGAGGAGCUGCAUGGAGAGAGUCUGGAGCUGGGCCUGAGGCUGCUUGCUGACAGGGGUGCUCCUGCAGGCCUCAGUGCCCUCCUGUGCCAGACCGCACUGUCCCAACUGCUGCAGAACAACCUUUUACCUUUCCACUGCCCCCACAAAGCUGAUGAGAACCAGGAAGAGGAACAGCAAGUAGUCUUGCUUCAGUCAGAGGCAGUCCAACGUCUCUUCCUUAACAAGCUGAUAGAAGGGGCGCUGGCAUGGCAUCAAAAAUUCCCCAAGCCCUCACCCUCCCCCUCCCGGUUCCUCCUCUGCUCCAUUCAUGCCAUCAAGAACACAAGAAGGAAGAUGGAGGACAAACACUUAGCCCUGGCUGAGUUUAACCAGCUCUUUGGAAUCCAGGAUGGAGUCGAACGUGCCUACUAUGCUGUGUUUGAUGGCCAUGGAGGGGUGGAUGCUGCCACCUUCGCUGCCACACACCUCCAUGUUGCUCUGAGUAAACAGGAGACACUGCGGAGUGACACAGCCACAGCCUUUAAAACUGCUCUCAAACACACUGAUGACAUUUUCAAGAGAAAAGCCAAGAGAGAGCGUCUCCGGAGUGGCACAACAGCUGUGGCGGUGUUGAUUCAAGGACAGGAGCUGACUGUGGCCUGGCUGGGAGACUCUCAAGCAAUGCUGGUCAGAAAGGGACAAGUUGUUAUACUCAUGGACCCCCAUAAACCAGACAGAGAGGAUGAGAAACAGAGAAUUGAGGAUCUUGGUGGCUGUAUCACCUUCAUGGGUUGUUGGCGUGUUAAUGGCACCUAUGCUGUUUCCAGAGCAAUUGGUGACUUUGACCAGAAGCCCUAUGUGUCUGGAGAAGCAGACUGCUCAACAACCCAGCUGUGCGGAGACGAGGACUAUGUGCUGCUGGCGUGUGAUGGCUUUUUUGAUGCAGUCAAACCUUCAGAGGUCCCUCAUAUGGUCUUGGAUGCACUCCAUCUGUCUUGUGACCCCGAGGGCAGGGCAGACGCUCUGCUGGAACAGUCUGAGGAAACUGCUGGACUGAGAGUCGCUCAACAGUUGGUAGGUCACGCUGAGGCAGCCGGUUCUAGUGAUAACAUCACAGUGAUGCUGGUGUUUCUGCGACCACCGCAGCAGCUGCUGGCUCAAAACUCCAGUACAGGACCUGCACAAGCUACUCAAGACUCUUUGCAAGAUGCACCACAGCAGUAAAGAAGGAGGUUUGCUGCCCCAACAUUACUGUGCCAAGCUACUGCCUGACUCAGCAUUUUCUUUUUCAUUCCCAAGCUGUCAGACAUCCUGCAGACUGACAAAGCUCAUUUAACCUAACAAAACACAUGAACAUAGCAGGCUUUAGUCCCAUUAUGUCACUGCUUUGGAGGAAAAGUGUUGAUUCAACUGUAUUUAAAAAGAUCAUUGGAAAAGGUUUGUUAGAUUAUGCAGGGCUAGUGAGCUGUGGUGGGUGUGCCCCUCCUGAGUCCCUUGAAUGCGUCCUCCUGCUGUGUCAAUUAGUUUGUGAUUAUUUGAAUGUUAAAGGAUAAACCCCAUUGUGUGUGUGUGUGUGUGUGUGUUUAAGUGAUUUCUCCCAAUGCCUCGAAAAUGCCUUUUUUCUGUGCAGUGGUUACUUUCAGUGUUCCCAGAGGAAAAUUUAAUUUUUCUACUAGCUAUUGUCAACUUUAGUUUAUAAAAUGCCUAUAAGCCUUCAAGAACUGAUAUCAGUUGAUCUGUAAUGCCAAGCAGUAUGACUAUUGAGAGCAUUUUGCAUUGUGCACCGUGCAGGAAAUGAUUUGGAUUAAGUCACUACAUUUUGCAACCAAUAUGAAACUGAUACAGUUUGUUUCUAAUUCUAAUUAGUUGAAUCUCUAAUUCUGGGCUUUAUCAAUGAAGAACAAAAUUACAUAGGUAUCACAGAGAGGCAUCAGUGUUUUUGUUUUAAAACUAAUGUGACAAAACUAACUACAUAGCCUUGGCAUGUAAAUGGUAAAAGUGUUAAUGUGGAACAUGUUGCUUGUUUACUGGAUCACACUCCGACAGUAUUUUUAUUUAUAUUCUUUAAUAGUUCUUAAUCACAUCUUAUAUUAUAGAUGUAUGUUGUAAUGAUUUUGUAAUAUUCUGUAUCACUGACAAGGUAAUAUUUGGUAUCAACAGCUGAAUUAAAAGCAAUGAGAAUAAAA